AUGGAGGCUGCGCAAGGCCGCCAGAGGCAGAGGAGAGCUACUCAUGCUGGAACCUGGUAUGAUGCUGACAGCAGCAAGCUGUCUGGGCAAAUCCGGCGAUGGCUGCAGAGAUCUACAAAGGUUUGCAACGGGCGUGUAAAGGCACUCAUUUGCCCCUCGCGGGUCUUUUUGCUGGGGCCUUCUCAUUACAAGUACUUUCCAGGAGUGGCUCUUCCUGCGGACAAGUGCAAUUCAUAUUUGACUCCUUUGGGGGAUUUGCCAUUGGACUCAGAGGCCAUUCAGGCCCUCAGGCUCACCGGGGCUUUUGCUGAAUUGUCAUUUUCUGAAGACGAAGAAGAACACAGCAUUGAGUUGAUGCUGCCUUUUCUGAGGCACGUGUUUAAAGAGGAUGUGAAAAUCGUGCCAAUGGUUGUUGGCGAUUUGAGGGGCCGAGACGACUGUCAGAAAUUCGCAGAUUUGUUGUUAAAGUAUUUUUUAGAGGAAAGAAGUCUCUUCAUAAUUUCUUCUGACUUCUGCCACUGGGGGCCCCGGUAA